CUGCCUACUCUACCACUCUGGUCCGCAGCAACAUGGCAUUGACCGUCUGUCUCUCCUGCGUCCUGGCCCUGUUGGUGGCAGCCCCGGCCCAAGGCAUCAGAGGCCAGGAGCCAGGUCCCCGGCCACUGGAACUGAAAGAGGCCUUCACUUUGUUCCAGAUCCAGUACAACCGGACUUACUCCAGCCCAGCAGAGUACGCUCGCCGCCUGGAUAUCUUUGCCCGCAACCUGGACCGGGCUCAGCGGCAACAGGAGGAGGACUUGGGCACGGCGCAGUUUGGGGUGACUCCGUUCAGUGACCUCACAGAGGAGGAGUUUGACCGGCUGUAUGGGAAUCAGAAGGCAGCUGGAAGGGCGCCCUAUAUGGACAGAAAGGUAGGGUCUGGUGAGAAGGGCGAGUCAGUGCCCUCCACCUGUGACUGGCGGAAGAAACCCGGCAUCAUCACACCUGUGAGAAACCAGGGAGAGUAUUGUAGGUGCUGCUGGGCCAUGGCGGCAGUGGGCAACAUCGAGGCCCUGUGGGCCAUUAAAUGGCAGCAUUCUGUGGAACUCUCCGUGCAGGAGCUCCUCGACUGUGACCGCUGCGCGAGCGGCUGUACCGGCGGCUUCGUCUGGGACGCGUUCAUGACUGUCCUGAACAACAGUGGCCUGGCCAGCGAGGAGGACUACCCGUACCGGGGGGAGACCACAGUCCACAGGUGCCAGGCCAAGAAGUACAAAAAGGUGGCCUGGAUCCAGGAUUUCUUCAUGCUGCCGGAAAACGAGCAAAGUAUUGCCCGGCACCUGGCCACGGAGGGCCCCAUCACUGUCACCAUCAACAAGGAGCUCCUGCAGCGUUACCAAAACAAUGUGAUCCAGCCUGCACCCGGCACCUGUGACCCUCGGACAGUGGACCACGUCGUCCUGCUGGUGGGUUUCGGCAAGACCAAGUCGGUGGAGAGCAGGCAGGCAGAGGCAGACCUGUCCCAGUCUAAACCUCGGCCUCGUCGCUCCAUUCCCUACUGGAUCCUGAAGAACUCCUGGGGGGCCAACUGGGGUGAGGAGGGUUAUUUCCGGCUGCACCGAGGGAGCAAUGCCUGUGGCAUCACCAAGUACCCGUUGUCUGCCCGAGUGGACGUACCGGCCAAGAAGCAGCACAAAGUCUCCUGCCCUCCCUGAGCCCGCCUCUCAGCUCUCCCCGGCCGUGCCAGCUGCCUCCUCGCUGGCCACGCCGCAAGUCUUCCCCUGUCCUCCCAGUCUUCUUGCUAUGGGCCGAAUAAACCAACGGAAGAGCAUGGA